UCUACAGUAGAAGAAGCAGAUGAAAUUCUCAUCCAUAGUGAAGGAGGAGUGGAAUCUGCCCUGAACUACGCCAAGCGCUGGUGUAAAUAUAUCCGGGAAGUACUGGGAUAUAUUGAGAAGAGACUCAGCUACGAAUCUGAAUAUGCCAAGAAUACCAUCCGAUUAUGUGAGUCUGCACGGAGUGCCCUGGGCCAGCAGCAAUGUAUGCCUUUACAAGAUGUCUACCUCCUCCAUCUGGACCAUGAAUCCCAGACAGGAUCCUCAGCCCUUGAGACAGUUGCUCUUCUACAAAUGAAGAAGUAUUGCCUGCCUCUGUCAGCAAAGAAGACGGAG